ACCCGCCACGUGACUCUGCGGCUAAGUUCGCUCCCGAGUUUGACAGAAGUUUGAAUCGGACUCGGGGGCUUUCUGCAGCCGCAGGGCAGAGCCGCGGAGGCGGCUUCGGCCAGCUCGAACAGCAGCGCCCCCAAGACCCACCCCGCCAGCCUGGAUCCCGGGCCGCCGACGGCCGCUCGCGCUACGGCACCGCUCGCUUCACCUGCCGUGGGUCAGCUGCCCCCAGUCCCACCGCAGUCCCCGCAACCUCCGCGCAAGGGAGCCGAGACCCCUCGCAGCACCCCGGCCCCGCCGUGCCAGCAUGUCCUCGACGGAGAGCUCGAGUCGCACCACGGACAAGUCGCCGCGCCAGCAGGUGGACCGCCUGCUGGUGGGGCUGCGCUGGCAGCGCCUGGAGGAGCCGCUGGGCUUCAUCAAAGUUCUCCAGUGGCUCUUUGCUAUUUUCGCCUUCGGGUCCUGCGGCUCCUACAGCGGGGAGACAGGAGCAACAGUUCGCUGCAACAACGAAGCCAAGGAUGUGAGCUCCAUCAUUGUUUCAUUCGGCUAUCCCUUCAGGUUGAACCGGGUCCAGUAUGAGAUGCCCCUCUGCGAUGAUGACUCCACCUCCAAGACCAUGCACCUCAUGGGGGACUUCUCUGCCCCUGCCGAGUUCUUUGUGACCCUGGGCAUCUUUUCCUUCUUCUAUGCCAUGGCUGCGCUAGUCCUUUACCUGCGCUUCCACAACCUGUACACAGAGAACAGGCGCUUCCCACUGGUGGACUUUUGUGUGACUGUUUCCUUCACCUUUUUCUGGCUGGUGGCUGCAGCUGCCUGGGGCAAGGGCCUGACUGACAUCAAGGGGGCCUCACGGCCAUCCAGCCUGACUGCAGCUAUGUCUGUGUGCCAUGGAGAGGAAGCAGUGUGCAGUGCCGGGGCCACACCCUCCAUGGGACUGGCUAACAUCUCCGUGAUCUUCGGCUUCAUCAACUUCUUCCUGUGGGCCGGGAACUGUUGGUUUGUGUUCAAGGAGACUCCGUGGCAUGGGCAAGGCCAGGGCCAGGACCAGGACCAGGGCCAGGGCCCCAGCCAGGAGAGUGCAGCUGAGCAGGGAGCGGUGGAAAAGCAGUAAGCAGUCCCCACCUGGCUACUCCCUGAACAGGACAGCACCUCUUCAACACCUCUGGCUUCCAGGACCUCCCUUUUAUUCCUCCUCCAACUCCCUCUCCCAUCAUUCUGGGCUUUGAGCUCUGAGACAUCAAUGGAUGGGUAGGCAUCAGCUGUUGGACACCUGGGCAGCCCUCCCAGUGGCUUCCUAUCCCUCCACUUGCUGGAGCCCCAGAUGGCAGGAGCUUGAUGCUUCUUGUCUACUGCUGGGACCCUGGCGUCUUACUUGGGGUCUUACAGCCUAUGAGAACCAGCUUGGCUGCACAUGAGGGUUGGGGGCAGGAGACCAGAGUCCUGAGACUGGUUCCUAGUAGCCAAUUCUAUCCACCUGUCCAGCUACAAUAAAAGUGGGGGGAGGGGUUAUCAGCUGGCAGCCUUCUUCCUGAUCCCUUGCAUGGAGGGCCCACCAGUGGUUUAGUGACCCCUCUUCAAUGGCUGUCAUCUAGGUCCUGUGUCUGUCCUGAUGUCCAGUUAGCCUGAGUUCAGCAUGCCUCCCACCCUCUGCUCUGGCCUCUGCUUGCCCACAGAGCGCCCACCAUGUGGGAACCCAGGAGGCCAACUAGCCUAGAAAACAGCCUUUCAAAGGAUCCUGAUGAGGCCUAGACUCAGUGGAGAGCAAAUAAAUUGCAACUUCAAGAAACUGAAGUUGUAACUUCAAGAAACUGAAGCCAGGAACCUUACUGGACAUCAGUUCUUUCUAUUCUCUCAGUCCUCCCACCCCUCCAGGCUGGGCACUUUGCACCAACACCCUAAACUCACACUUGCCCUAGAACUCCUUACCUUCCUUCCUAUCCUCCUUGGGCUUGGUCUCACACUUGGGAUACAAGAUGAGGGUUCUAGGAGCAUCUCCAUUUCAGCCCUCUCACCUCCAACCUCUCUGUCUAUCUCUGUUCCCCAGCCUCUUGGGUCUGAGGCAUUCAAGAUCCUUUUUGAAGUCCGCCUGGGCCUUCCUUUCAUUCCUGUGGGCCAGAUAGGGGCUUGGAAAAGCCCAAAGGACCAUCAUGAGUCUAAGUUGCCCCAGAGCCCCAGGAAAUGGAUGGAUGGGCCCAUUUCCUCCUCACUCCGCUUGUCCCCGGCCCACCCCGGUCCACCCUGGUCCACCCCACUUUCAUACUUUCCCUUCUCACCUUUACAAAAGGACAUGCCCUCUCCCUUUGCUCUCCAUCCCUCUCCUGCUUCCUCAUUUCUCCCAGGCUUUAUCCCUCUUAGUCCAGGGCAGGAUGAUACUUUGGUGCUUCUCCAUUUCGGGACCGAGUUCCCUAUUUGUCUUUGGUGUGUCUCCUCUUGCUGAUACCUCCUUCAGUCCCUCUCUGGAUCCCAGGGCCCAAGAGUCAGGGCUGACUGGGUCAGGGCCAUCCAUCUAAUACCCAGUUCAAAACCCUUCAGUUUGCCCUACCCAUAGGGCUGCCCAGGGAAGGAUGAAGAAGAAAGAGUCCAGCCAUUUUCCAGUUCAGUGCCAAUUAGCCCAUUUAUCACCCCAAAGGUGAAUGUGCUUGAUGCCAAUCUCUCCUCACGACUGAGUCAACCCCUCCAACCUCCUCACCUCCCUAAACACAAUCCAUAGUAACUUGUGUAUUACUGGGGUCCCCAGGAGUCAGACUUUUGACUUCGAGCCAAUCCUUUCUUCUUUGGGUCAGUUUCCCCACUUGAUGGCGGAAUGUGAGAUUUAUAUCCUCAAAUGCUCCAGAGUCCUUCAGUGAAAGAAUUAGGUUUUUUUGUUUUGUUUUGUUAUUUUCAAGAUUUUGGGAAAAGGAUUUGAGGAGGGAAGAGGGGAUGGGGAUGAGGGUAUUUCUAAGUCUGAACCUCUCUCUGUCCAGAGCUGUCCCCAUGGUUGCUCUAGGACAAGGGGGGACAGUUUUGCCUACAGCUCCAGAGACACAGAAAACAAAGGGGUGACCUUCAUUUUUCUUCAAACUGGCCCCUGUGAGGGUCCGUGAGCAGCUUUUACUGGAAUUUUGUUUGGAUUCUGUGUACGUAUUUAUAAUUUAUUUGAAAUGUGAUGGAUAAAGUGUUCUCAUUUGUGGGCUGAAGUUAGCAACUGGUCUUUCAGGUAGGGAAAGGGGUGGGUGGGUAUACUGUCCUACCACGGACUUCUAGCCCAGACUUCUACCUACAGCAGAGAAGGCUCUUUCUUCUCCUCAAGAGGCUGGCUUGUUCUCAGCCAGAAGAGUCUUCAUUUUGGCUAUGGCCUCUUUCUCCAUGGCCACCCUAAGAGAAAAGGCUGCUUUUACCUCAUUACCUCCAGAGGGCUGGGUUAUCCUCUUAAGACUCAAUUCCCCUCCAAACAGGGCUGGCAUCACUGUUUUGCCUAGUGGGGUCUGAGGUAGGAGAACAUGUCUGGUUUCUCCAUUUGCUGCAGGGGACUAACAGGCUUGGCACUUGUCCUUUGCCCUAGUAAACUGUGACCCUGCCAGGGUGUCCACCUAGGACCUUUCCUGAACCUGAGUUCCCUCCACAGCCUUGGUCAUAGAUCUCCUUCUGGGAUUGCAGAUCAGGGGUGGGAGUAUGUUGCAUGUCGUUUUCUGGUGCUUGUUAUUACACAUUUGAAUAAACAGUGCUUUGAACAUUUGC